AUGGCUACACUAUUUGGAAAAUUAAGAGAGCAUGAGCUAGAACUUGGAAGAUUAAAGGAUGAAGAAGAGAUUGAAGAGAAAAAGUCCAUUGCAUUGAAAGCAACAAGCAAGAAAGCCUCAAAGUCAGAGGAUAAUUCAGAUUCUGAGAUGGACAACAAUGAAUCGAUGACCAUGAAGAUGCUUCCUCUCAAAUUCAAAGAUCUAGGGAGUUUCACCAUCCCUUGCACCAUUAGGAAUUAUGAUAUAGGGAAGGCUCUAGUUGACUUUGGAGCUAAUAUCAAUCUUUUGCCCUUAUCUAUGCUUGAGAAGAUUGGUGGUCUGGAGGUCAAACCUACAAAAGCAGUCUUGCAAAUGGUAGACAGGUCCAUCAAGCAUCCAUAUGGUCUGAUAAAAGAUGUGGUGGUGAAAAUUGAUAAACUCAAAUUUCUAGUGGACUUUGUAGGGAUGGAGAUGGAGGAAAAUGAACAGAUACUAAUCAUUCUUGGAUGA